AUUUAUGUCGCAGUUUAUGCAACACAUUUAUCUCAGUGUCUCAAAAUUAGUUUAUUUUUACGUAUAAAAUGUUGGCUUGUGGUCGAUCAAAAACUAUAUUUUAAAAUAUUUUGGGAAAGUGAUGUGUUUUGUUCCUAAAUUUGCAAAAAAAUAUGAAAUGUAAAUAUUAAGAUUGAAAGGCGUUGCUCGUAGUGCGUUUACUUUGAAAUGAAACAAGCAACGUCCUGUUACACAGGGUUACACAACAUUGUAAGGAUCCUAGUCAAAGUGCAUUUGGAUAAUAAAAAUCGCAGGUCGAGGUUGAACAGUUCCAGUCAGAAGCAACUAUAAUUAACAAAUGGCAGAGGUUGCUAAGACGAGUUCUGGAAGGGACAAUCUGAUGAAGAUGUUGCUGACAUCAGGUGCAACUGCACCUCCAGCAGCAAGUCCAACAUUACCCAGUCCUACUGGAGAUACGUUCGAUGAUAACCCAAACAGAUUUACAACAUAUUUGCAUCAGCUUGCUGGCUGUUAUGAAAUCGAAGUCGAUGUCAUCGUCAGGGAUCAUUGUUACGCCCGACCUUGGAAUUGGAAACCGGAAAAUGUCUACGUAAAACCCAUCAAGAAGAUUUUCUUCGGGAAAAAUUCUUCAUCGGAUAAGCUAAAAUCUGAAGAAAACGUCAACGUCGAGAAUUAUAACGACGGUCAUUCUUCUCCACCUUACGAUUUAGGAAGAACUCGUCAACUUAUGGACGAGCUUCAAAGACUAGCGAAUUUCGUAAGGCCUGAUGAGGACAGCGAGUGGGAAGAAAAGAUAGACAAGACCUAUUGGACUCCAGUCCAAAUUCGUAUAUUUGCAAAAGUGGUUAGGAUUUUAACUGCCGAGAGGCUAGCAAGACUGGCAAAAGCGGGCCACGUAAUGGAACCCGUUUUUCGAAGAACGACAAUUGACACCGCUGCCAAAAGGUUCAGAGAAACUUUGGCAUCUAUUGGUUGGGAUGUUAGGAUUACCCAAUGGAUUCAUAGUUUGAUGUUUGAUUAUCUUCCACAAGAGUACCUAGUGAUUUACCUCGAUAUCCUCCAGACUUUAAGACUGAAAAUUCCACAGCUUAUUGACAAAAUGAUAGCUGUUCAGACAAAUAUUAACGGAAAAGGCGGACCAGUGACUUGGGAGACUCUAGGAUCUUUAUUGAAACGAUCUUGGGACCCAGUGAUCCAGACUUUAAAUUCUAAUAAACCUAAAAAGUUACCAGGGAACCCGAUUUUGGUGAUAGCGCCUUCGGGAAUCGGAACCAGUGCUUCUCCUCGACAACACAAGUGGGUUUCACAGCUCGGGGCAUUAGGUAUGGUUGUCACCGUCUAUGUGCCUUUAGGACUGACAUCGACAAAAAUGACGAUGAUGGCCUGCGUCGACCAAUUGGUGCAAGCGACAAGAACAAAAAUACAAGAAGUUAGGUCUGAUUGUCCUGGAAGGCCGAUAAUUCUUCUGGGAUAUAACACUGGAGCUGCUUUAGCUUGUCAGGUCGCGCAGAUGGAGCAUGUGACAGCAGUUAUUUGUCUAGGGUUUCCCUUCAAUACUGUGGAGGGCAAAAGAGGAUCGCCGGAUGACACACUCAUGGAUAUUCGAUGUCCCGUGAUGUUCGUGAUUGGACAGAACUCGACACUCGUGAGACCCGACGACUUGGAAGACCUUCGAGAGAAAAUGUUGGUCGAAACGAGCCUCGUUGUUGUGGGAACUGCAGACGAUCAUCUGCGAAUUUCCACCGCUAAGAAACUUUCGGAAGGCAUCACGCAGAGCAUGGUAGAUAGAUGUAUCUUGGACGAGAUUGGCGACUUUGUCGGCAGCAUUCUUCUGCAGCCACAUCCCUUACCCUUGAGGCCAGUCACGCUACCGAAUCUGGAUGCGCGUAUCAAGAAGGAAUGUCGAAAGAGGCGGAAUUCGACGAGCAGUUCGGUGGAAAGCGAGCCGAAUUCGCCAAACGUUAAGAAAUCGAGACCAGGUACACCAGUUAUGAGCGCUGCUUCGAUUGGUCAAAGUGUACCUUCCACUUCUGUGUCGCGUGCAGGAACCUUGACGACAAAUAUGAUCAUGAGUGGAAGCAGUGCGAAUCUGACGCCGGGACCGAAGCGGAAACCUCGAGUGGUCAACAGUCAGAAGAUGAACUUCUCGGAAACUGUUAUCUCCCCUAGACUCAUGGCUCAACAGAGCGUGAAUAGCGGAAACGGUGGGAUAACGUUGAACAUUGGUUCUCUGGCAAGCUUGGCUCCUGUCGGUCCAAUACGAUUCAGUCCUGCCAGUGCGGGUCAGAGUUCGCCAGGCACAACAAAGACGAAUAUACCGAAAUCUCCUGCUGCUUUUCAGAAAGCUCCAAGAAUGAUCCACAUGGGGAAUCCGAAUGUGGGGAAGAUGAAGAAUAUUCCAGUGGCAGGAGGAAGCCAGAUCAAACCUAACGCUUCUCCAACUCAAGCGACACACAUGAAGUCUCCUUCCAGUACAAGUGGAACUUUAACAGCUCUUCUACAAAGUGGCAAGCAUGCACUCAGUGGAAUAGGAAGAGCAAUUACAUCUAGUGUUCUAUUAACGCCCAGCGUCACCGUAACACCAACAACAUCCGCCACACCACUGACACCUUCAAAAGUGGCGGACAUCUCGGGACCAGCAAAGAUGAACGAUCAUCUGCCAACGAGUCCCACAACAUCAAAAGACAUGUCCUUUCAUCAAUCAGUAAAUCACCAACCAAUUUCUCAUCACAUGAGCCAGUCCAGUAAAAUCUACUCCUCCAAGAGCAACAACCUAGCCAUGCUGGACAAUUCUCGAAACUCGCGAAACUCGUCAAACUCUUAUCAGAAUUCGGUGACCAUCCUGCCUUUUUCCAGCAGGAUAAAGCCUUCCGAAAAGCCAGUGAAGAUAAUCCCGAAGAUAACCGUCAAUAAUUUUCCAAGAGCUCAGCGGCCAAGACGACAGUCCCCAGCCAAAAAUUACAUAAACGACGAGCUGGGAAACAUUUUGGACAUUCCGAUAAUAUUUGCCAAAGAUGGUGAAAGUAUAAACUCAAUUGAAAAAGCGCCUCCUUUGCCACAAGUUCCUGAAAAUCCUCUCCCUCAAAGAAAUCCGAAAUUGGGACCUACGAAGGUCGUUUUGAUCAGUAACAAACAGGACAAGUGCCAACCUCCUGGGAAAUUUAUCAAUCCUCCGAGACAGGCGAUUUUGCGUCCAAGUCUUCCCAAUCAGAAUAUGAAUCACGUUCUCCUACAUCCAAGAUCUCAAAAUCCAAUCAUAACAAGUCGACCUAAUAUUUCGAUGCAAAAUUCCAUUCGCGGGACCCAGCCUACAAUUAAAUAUACCAAAAUUAUUCUAGCCAAGAGAAAUUCUUUGCCAAGCACUAGUCACAAAGAUAAAGGCGAACCGGUGAUUUUGACGAAAAAUAAUCAGAAAGCUCCUGUUCCAAGAAUAUUCAGUGCGGAUAAAAGCGAGCAUCGAUACGCGCAAAUCGUGCCGAAAAUGUUGGAGAGUUACGAGGAGGAACUGCUCGAAAUUGAAGAGGCUAUUAAGGCCAAUAUUAUUGAGAGAAAAGUUACUGAUUUACCGAAAGUUGAUAUCUUGUCUACAAAGGAGAGGCUGAAUGAAAAUAGAAUUCAGCAAGAAGAGAGUCAAGGUGAUUUUUAUUAUUCGGAAUUGCAUCACAUCUGAUAGAGAAGAAGUGACAAGUAUUAUUUCUCAUUGGAACAUUUUUCUAGAGAUUUUGGAUGACUCGAGAUGAGCUUUGAAAAUUGUCAAACAAUCCAAAUUUAAUUUAAACCAUUGUUUUUCAUCCAUUACAAAAAUGUUAUCUCUAACGUAUUAUUUAAUCAAUUUAAAAAAGACACUGUGGUAAAAAAAUGAAAUUGUAGCAGGACUACUGUAAAAAGGCCAUAUGCGUAAGACUGAAAUUGUUAGGAUCAUUAGAUUUUGGUCUAGUGUUUUUUUUGUGUUUGAGAGUAAAGUUAGAAGAUUGAAAAAUUGAUUUUUGCAUCGAGAGAAAAACCUAUGUAUUUUUUUAAUUUAGGCAAGAUGUGUUUGUACAAAUACGUCAUAGUACUGUGUUCAAUUUAUUUAGUUGAAAUUUUUUGUUGUGUUGCAUUUAAUUUAUAAGCGUAGAGCGUAAGAAAACUCGUGAGGCAGUUUGUCAAAAAGUUAAUAUUUAAAAAGCUUCACAAUUUUAAAAAGUCUGUAAAUAUUAUAGUCAUACGAUUUUUGGUGACAACAUGUAAAAGCUCUCUUCCCUCUUCCAAAGGCGUUUUAUUUUUUAAAUAAAAAAUUAAUUUUAAACUAAUCUUUAAGAAGUAUUUACAAUUUAGGAAGAUUUGCCAUUCUUCCAUAGAGAUUUUUCCAACUUUUACGUCACAGCCUUUAUAAAACUCAGGUUUCUAUUUCAAAGUUGUCACGAAAGUGUAAAGUUAAGUCAAAACCGUUAUUAUUAGAGACUGAAUUUAUAUCUACAUAUUAUAAAUCAGUUGAUGUAAAGGUGAAUAAGUUAUUUAUACCAAUAUACGUUAUAGCAAUUUAAAUAAAAUCAGGGAACUGUAAAUGAAAACUGAACAUGUAAAAAUACAAUAUCAAAGUUGUAUAUUUUUCAACUGUUUAUAAGCACUCCUUAUAAAUUUAGGUAAUCAGUAUAUUAUCAGGUUCAAUAUCAAAUUACACCUAUUUUUUAACAGUGAAAUUUCAAUCAAAUUUCUGAACGAAACUAGUUUUAAUUUAUGUACGUAUAUCUACUGAUGCAUUGAUUUUUAUUAUUCUUUGGUUUUGCUAAUGCUCAAUAUCUGCGAAUAUACACUAUGUAUUGAAUCACAGCCUUGUAAUAAUGUAAUUUACAUGUCAGUCUCAGUGUAGAAGUAAUAAAAAUAAAUUAUUAUUUCCAUGAUG